AUGUCCUCCGGAAGCAGUCGCGACAAGCGCCACCAUCACCCGGUAGACAGCCUUUGCCGGAAGCUCCAGAACAUCAACAUGAAGGACCAGGCCUCCAAUCCUGCCCUGCAGAUCCCAAAAUUCCAGUCCAAGAACUUUGACAGCCCACAGGGCAACGUGAAGAAAAACUUGGAGGAGAUCUUGAAGAAAAGGACCCUGAAAGCAAGUGACAGCAAUGCACAAGGCUACGACAACCUGCUGAGCCCCUUCAGCGAUAAUGUCUUCUCCCCGAGUCGGCAAGCGGCGUCACCGAGUCACCGGCGCCUCUCGGACAUCCGCUCAGAGUCUGUUUCAGGUAGUAGAAACAGAGAGAGAGCCAACAAGUCAUGGCUCUAUCUAAGCCAAGGAGGAGGUUCUCCAUGCUUUUCCAAACACAGGGAAUCUUCCGCCAGUCAGCUGCCUAGUUCCCCCAGUGCAGAGCAGAAGGCUGCACCUUCUCAGGAAUGUGGCUACAUCACCUCAAGCCCGAAUUUGUCUAACCGGGAAUUUAACUCUCCUGUCAGUAAGAGACUCUCUUUGGGGUGGAGACUGUCAGCAGAGAACAAAGAUGACGAAAGCGCUGAAGUAAGCCUGAUCUGUGAGGAAGACCUUUUGACUACUAUGUUCUCUGCUUGCGACAUAGAAAGGAGAGGCAAAGUGGCUGUUUCCAAAUUAGUUGACUUUGUGAGAUACACAACUAGCCGGAGUUCUGAGGACAGCAGUCUGGAGGAGCUGUGCAACAUGCUUGAUCCUGAUCAAAGGGACAUCUCCAUGGACUUGGAAACGUAUCAUGCCAUCAUGAAGGAAUGGAUUGACGACUGCAGGAGAAGCUGUAACAGGAAACCUCUUUUUUCAGCCAAAAGUCCUCUUGUGAGGCUGAAUGUAACUUCCGGAAGCCUAGAGGCACUUGGUGGCGAUGUCUCCAGAGGAGACUUGGAAACCUCUGACUUGAUCACUUGUGUAGCAGAUCUUCAGUUCAGCAAUCAGAAACUUCAAGAGGAGAACAACCAGUUGAAGGCAGCGCUGGACGCCAUGGAGGAGACCAACAACAGAUUAGUGGAGGACAAUGUGGAGCUGAAUAAUCAGAUAAAAAGUUUCCAGCAGUCUGUGGCUCGAGUGAAAACCUUAAAAGAGGAGCUGGAGGAAGCAAAGAAUAACCUGAAUACUGCAGAGGAAAAAAGGCUGAGAACAGCAGCCCAGAAUAAGCAGCUAGAAAAGGAGAAUCAGUCCCUCAUUCUCAAGAUCUCAUCUCUACAAGAAGAGAAUAUUAGGCAUGCUAUGGAUUCGGAUGGUCUCCGGAAGAAGAUCACAGAGCUGUCAAGAAAUAUGGCUGAACUCCAAAUACAAGUACACCUGUAUGAAAAGACGGUGGAGAAUAAAGAGGCCUCCAUCCUCAAGAAGGACCUGGAUAUUCAGGAGCUGAAGUCUACCCUCAAGGAAUACACCUCCGUAAUAGAGACCCUGCGGGUGGAGAAGAACAAACUGGUGAACAACAUCCAGCAAAUGCAACAGGAGUUGAUUUCGAAUGGCUUCAACUUCCCCUUGAUAUACAAAUUCAACAGCAGCAUCCUUGAAGGGACCAAUUCUUUGCACUGCGAACUGGAGCUUGCCCAAGAGCAAUCGGAGGUCUCUGGAAUCGAAUGGACUGCACUGGAUGAAUCGCUGGACGCGGAGGUUUUGCUGCUCCUGCAAGGGCCGGAGAGAGUGGGAGAAAAAUUCAAGGCCACCGUUCAGAAACUGAAGCAAGAACUUUCUCAAGUGGAGGAAAUAGCCAUCCUGCAGGCAGAGGGCUUUGAGGCCAAUAUGCAAGAAGCCCAUAAGAAGAAGCUCAUGGAGCUCAAGCAAGAUCUGGCGAAGAAAAUAACUCUUUGGCUUCAGAGCCUUGAUCUCUUGGAAGCUCAGAAGGACUCAUUGGACAAGGAGCUUAUAAAGAUGGCAGGAAACCUCAGGAGGAUGAGAACUGAACAGCUGCACUUGAAGAAAGCACUUUCAUCCAGGCAGCAUGAACUGGAGUUGGCCAGACGGCUGAAAGAGGACAUUGUGUCAGAAGAAUGCAUCUUGAGAUCAGCACUGCAAGAUCUAACCCAACAACUUGAGGAUGCCAGCAAGCGGGCUAAGGAUCAGGAGAAUGACCUUCACGCUGCCAGGCUGGAAGCAAGGUCUUUGCAAAGGGAGCUGGAAGAGAGCAUCGCUGAGCAAACAAACCUCCGGAGUGUAAAUAUAAACUUAACACGCACUUGCCAGGUGCUGGAACUGAAAGCUAAAGAGCAGAGCACUGCCCUUGACUCGCUCAGGCAGAAGCAUUUUGAAGGACUGUUGUGUGGAGUUCUUUGUCAGAGCUGUGCUUGUGAUGAUGAGAGUCCUUCAUCCAGCCCAAAUGUAAACAAAGAGAUAAGAACAGGGCAGAAGAAAAACUGCUGCUACAAAGGAUUCGGGUACCAAGAGAAUCUACUGUUUGACUUGUCCUGGUCACACGCUUCAAGGCGCCGGUGCUUGCAAUAUUCUUCACUACUAGAUGCGUUGGCCCUUGACCCUCUACAGCUGAUCCAGAGGAGCUCUGUGACCAGGGCCUUUGAAAAUACGAGAACCCUGUCUACUUCUGGACAGAAACAUCUGAGAAAUGGCUCCAUCUUCGAUGUGAAUCUGGAGGGGCACAAGUGCGAUGCCCAGUCUGUUGGUAACCAGAGCGAUGCAGAGCUUGCCUUAGCGAGAAGGAUGGAUGCAGACUCUACCAAGGAGAGCGAUGCUGGACCAUUGACAGAUGCCCCAUCUAGCAGCGAACAAAGUCCACCCCAGGCGAUUUCUUCCUCCACUUCAGAAUGCACUACUGGAACACAUGACUUGGACUCUACACUACUGCACGCCGUAGAGGAGACAGUCUGUGAAGUUACUUUGCUGCCAGGUGAAGAAACUGCUGCAAAGGAAGGAGCUAAUGGGGAGACUUUCACCAAGAGCACUGCAGAAGAUCCUUCUUCAUCUGAGGACCUGGCUAGUGUUGCUGUGUGUAAAACCAGGCAGAAUGACAAUGUGUCUCCCAGUGAGAAGGAAGUGGAGGGAGAAUUUCUUCGGCUGUCUCUGGGAUUCAAAUGUGACCUCUUCACUUUGGAGAAGAGAGUCAGGCUGGAAGAAAGGUCCCGGGAUUUAGCAGAGGGAAACCUGAGGAAGGAGAUUGCCAGCGCCUUGAAACUACUUGAUGCUAUUUGAACAGUGUGUGAUGAAGAUAACCAGGCACAGGAGAUCGUCAAAAAGCUUCAGAAGAGCUUGGAGCUGCUGAACCAGUACGCCACCAGGCUUGCCAGCAAGGCAGAAAUGCUGGGGGCCAUUCAUCAAGAGAGCCGGGCCAGUAAAGCUGUAGAAGUGAUGAUUCAUCACGUGGAGAACUUGAAGCGUACGUACGCCAGGGAGCACGUGGAGCUGGAGGAGCUGAAGCAGGUGCUGCUCCAGAACGAAAAGUCCUUCGGCUCUCUCGGGGACCGAGAUGAAUCUUCGAUUAAAAAGCUCUCUGGUUCCUUAAAGCCUUCAUCCCUACGCCGAGUUAGCAUUGCAACCUUGCCUAGGAAUACUGGAAAUGCUGUUUUGCCGCUGGCCCAGUUAAAUGAAACAGAUGGAAGUGACAAAAGUGACAAAUUCAACAGGCGCCCUAGUUGGGGCUUAAUGGGAACAAAGCAAAGCGAGAAGCGUCCUUUAUUGCAGAGAUACGUAAGUUCACCUUCCUGGGCUGAGUCGCAGGAAGAGCACAGUGAGCCCAAAAACACUCCCUUGGAACCGCCGGCUCCAGAGACGCGAGGAAGCAAAGCUUGGAAGCUGAGCGAAAAGGAAAGCAGCUCAUCGAAAUGGGGGCUGCACUCACUGUAUAGCAGGUUCUUCUCCUGGGCCUCCUCUCUCCAGACUGCCAUCUGCAGGACCAGCAAGACUCUCUUCGUCUCCAUCUUUGCGGUGGUGCUCCUUGCUGUUCUUUCCACCUUCCUCCUGGGCUUCUCCUUCCAGAGGCCAGCAGAAGGAGCCCCUGUCGGGACAGGAGAUGCUUGGACAUCCGUGCAGCAGCUGCUGUGGCCAUAUACUCGCCUCCAGCACCAAGCUCCACCCCCCGUAUAAUUCACUGGUGGGAGUACAAGAUGAGAUACCUUUCGGACAUCAAGAUGGGGAGCCGUCCUGCCAUGUGGUUUUCGAUGGGCAGGUGCAAAGGGGGUAGAUAAUAUUUCAAGCUCUCUGAACUUUCAACAUCAUCCAAGGUCCCCAUGCAGCUUACAGAUACAGCAUUUUGAUGUUUCUGGAGGCCCUGCCCUUGCAAGUUAUUUCCUGGUAAUUCAGUUCAAAACGAAACACAGUUUGAUGCUUUCUGGCACCUUCUGAAUUUUCCCUCCCUCCCCCAAA